AUGAUCAAAGGAAGAUUUGCAAUUGGAAAUAAAUCAUUCCUCCUCUCCACCCCUCUCAUUCUACAUGGUUUGAAUCCAGAUAGCAGAAAGUUGCAGCAGUUGUUGAGAACAGCAUCAACGCCAAGUAGAAUAGUCAUAUUGACCAUCGUCGACAAAUCAUGGGCAAGUCCUGGUUCUGUUCUUGAUCUCUUCCUAGAGAGUCUUCGAAUUGGAGAGGGGACUAAACACCUCUUGAACCACUUGGUUAUUGUUGGUUUUGAUUUCAAAGCUUUCCGAUACUGCCAGUUCGUUCAUCCCCAUUGCAUCCAUCUUAAGGACACUGGUAUCGGAUCAUAUGCUAACGAGAUCAAGAAAAGAGGAAUCAGGAAACCAUCGAACAGACUAAAUUACCACACGUUAAAUUGGAGAAGGAUUCAAAUUCUGGAAGAAGUAGUUCAAAGUGGCUACAAUGUGAUUUACACGGAUGCAGAUGUGAUGUGGCUCAGGAAUCCGUUUCCAAUUUUAGUUGCUGAGUUUGAAUUAACAAUCGGGUGCGAUUCAAAAUCAAGCAACCAAAGCAGCAUUAACGAAUACUCUAGUGGGGGUUUCUUUUUCAUGAGAUCAGACGAAAUAACCAUCGAGUUCCUCAAACUAUGGAAUCUGGGUAGGUUUCUUUAUCCCAGCAUGGCAACUGAAUUGGUGUGCCAGCGAAUCACGGACAAGGAGUUCGUCGAAAUGGUUGGAUUGCGCAUAAAACAUAUAGACAACAGGUAUUACAGUGGAUUAUGUGAGCCAAGCAUAGAUACGAGGGAGAUAUAUAUCAUGCAUGGAAACUGCUGUAGUGAUCUGGAUAGCAAGGUUCAUGACCUGAACCUCGUUCUUGAAGAUUCAAGAAGGUUCAAUGCUCUGUUGGCGAAGGAUAAUAGCUCUGCCUUGCUCUCUCCUUCAGGAAAAGCUCCAAUGAAGUGCUCGACAAGAUAG